CGAACUCUAUCCAUCGCAUCAACGGGGAUGAUAUGCUUGUAAAGUUGAUGUUGUCUUCGACCCUAUCAACGUUUCUCGGACGGCGGGGCCUCUUUCUGUCGACCACGCUCGUCUCCAAUAUUCUAUCCGACUAUGUGUUCGUCGUGAUCGCCCGAACGACGGCUCUCAUUCGGCUGCAGCUUGACGCCUGACCUGUCCGGUGUUCCUGUCUUCUCAGCAGCUUAUCUACGCAGUGUUGUCUUGAAGCCGGAUCCGCCUCGCUCUCACUCCAAGAGCCCCCUGGUGCCGUGCACCCAAAUUUUGAUGCCGGACGCUAUCACACUUCGCAUACCAAGCCAAAUUGUCCUGGCUGGGAGCACGGUGGAAGGCGCGGUGGAGCUUAACUUUCCCCUCAUCCAAGAGGAGCAACUGGAGGGAGUCCGUGUCAAGCUCAAAGGGUCCGUCUUCACCUUCCUCGGCCAGCCAAGGACGGAGCUCACCGAGACUCUCGACCUGGACAUAGUCCGUAUCGAACACCCCGUCUGGACACGGGGCACCGCCUACCCCCCGCCCGACUCGCACGUUCUCAGCAUCCCCUUCUCCUUUGCACUUCCCGACAGCGCCCCGCCGUCGUACCAGUUCUCCCGCCUGGACUGCCAGUCCGUCGUUCGAUACCUCGUCGAGGCCGUUGGCGUGCGCGGCACGCUCCGCAUGAACAAACGCGUCGUACAGCCUAUUGCGGUCCUUCCUGUCGACCGCAUCGGUGCCCGUGUGCGCGAACGGCUUGGCAGAGGAUGGACUGGCAAGUGGACCAGCGCUGCCGCGGAGAAGACGGUGCGAACGAGUCUAUGGGGAGGCUCUGCGCGUGCCGAAAUGACAGUACGUUAUGAGACGUUUAUCUUGGGCUGA